AUGGCAGAACAGCCCAUCUUCACCACCAGAGCCCAUGUCUUCCAAAUUGACCCCAGCACGAAGAAGAACUGGGUUCCCGCAAGCAAGCAGGCUGUAACUGUUUCCUACUUCUAUGACAGCACGAGAAACAGCUAUCGGAUUAUCAGUGUGGAUGGAGCCAAGGUGAUCAUAAACAGCACAAUCACACCUAACAUGACCUUCACCAAAACAUCGCAGAAGUUUGGCCAGUGGGCGGACAGCAGAGCAAACACUGUCUUUGGCUUGGGCUUUCCCUCUGAGCAGCAGCUGACAAAGUUUGCAGAGAAAUUCCAAGAAGUAAAAGAAGCUGCCAAACUAGCAAGAGACAGAUCUCAAGAGAAAAUUGAGACCUCAAGCAAUCAUUCCCAGGAAUCUGGACGUGAAACACCAUCUUCCACUCAAGCAUCUAGUGUGAACGGGACAGACGAUGAGAAGGCAUCUCAUGGUGGUCCUGCUGAGGCACAUCUCAAGUCUGAGAAUGAUAAAUUGAAAAUUGCUCUAGCCCAAAGUUCAACCAACGUGAAGAAAUGGGAGACAGAGCUGCAGACGCUGCGGGAGAGCAACGCCCGCCUGACCACGGCGCUGCAGGAGUCGGCCGCCAGCAUCGAGCACUGGAAGAAGCAGUUCUCAGCCUGCAAGGAGGAAAAUGACCAGCUCAGGAGCAAGAUUGAAGAACUGGAGGAACAGUGCAAUGAAAUAAAUAAAGAGAAGGAAAGAAACGCACAGCUGAGUAGACGUCUUCAGGAACUGGAAACAGAACUUCAGGACAAAGAGCUGGAACUGGAAGAGCUCCGAAAGCAGGGUGAAGUUAUACCACAGCUGAUGUCAGAAUGUGAGUCUGUAUCUCAACAAUUAGAGGCUGCUGAGAAAAAGAACAAAGAUCUUGAAGAGAAAGUCAGAACACUAAGGACAGAAGUUGAAGAGAGUAAACAUAGGCAGACCAACCUUAAAACUGAAUUAAAGAAUUUUUUAGAUGUACUAGAUGGGAAGAUAGAUGAAUUACAUGAUUUCCGACAAGGACUGUCUAAACUUGGGGUUGACAACUAGAUCGCAAUAGAUUUUAAUUUUUUUUGUAAUCUAGGGUCUGGAUGUUUGAUGUUUUGUUGAUCCCAAACGUGUGUUUUACAAAAUCUAACUAGAAUGUUCCA